AUGGCCGCGGCGGAGGCUGGGCGGGGGUUGCUGCUGCUGCUGCUGCUGCUGCUGGGGGCCCUGGGCCCGAUGGCGCCGCUCGCGGGGGCCAAGACCCUCCAGCCCGUCGCCUGGACCGCGCACAACCCCAAGUUCUUGCCCGGAAGGGGGCUUGUGAUCUAUCCGGAAAUCGGGGACAAGUUGGACAUCAUGUGCCCCAAAGCAGAGCCUUCUCGGCCUUACGAGUACUACAAGCUGUACCUGGUGAGGCGAGGGCAGGCAGACUCCUGCAGCACCAUCAUGGACCCCAACGUGCUUGUGACCUGCAACAAGCCGGAGCAGGAAAUCCGCUUCACCAUCAAGUUCCAGGAAUUCAGCCCCAACUACAUGGGCUUGGAAUUCAAAAGACAUCAGGACUACUUCAUCACCUCCACCUCCAAUGGGACCUUGGAAGGUUUGGAGAACAGAGAAGGGGGGGUCUGCCAAACACGGUCCAUGAAGAUCGUCAUGAAAGUGGGACAAGAUCCCAACGCAGUGAUGCCAGAGCAGCUGACGACCAGCCGGCCCAGCAGGGAAUCUGACAAUAAUGUGAAAACUGCCACGCAGAGUCCACGCAACAGAUUUCCGCCUGCUGUGGAGGAUCCUGGGAAGCCAGAUCCUGUUAACCAAGAUGGCGAAAAUACUCACAGCCCCACAGACGGCUUCUUCGGCUCCAAAGUGGCAGUGUUUGCGGCCAUCGGUGCUGGCUGCUUGAUCUUCGUCCUCAUCAUCAUCUUCUUGGUGGUGCUGCUGAUCAAGAUCCGCAAGCGGCACCGGAAGCACACCCAGCAGAGGGCAGCAGCCCUGUCGCUCAGCACCCUCGCCAGCCCCAAGUGCAGCGGCAAUGCAGGCUCUGAGCCCAGCGACAUCAUCAUCCCCUUGCGGACUACAGAGAACAAUUAUUGCCCUCACUACGAGAAAGUGAGCGGGGACUACGGCCACCCGGUCUACAUUGUCCAGGAAAUGCCUCCUCAGAGCCCAGCCAACAUUUACUACAAGGUCUGAGGAGCCCACAGAAGAGCACUAGAAACCAGAGGGGGGGCAGGGGGCGGCCCCC